ACUCUGUCCUUUGCCACAGUCAUGAGGUUCAAAUUCUCUCUCAUAGCCUUAAGCCUGGAAGUUGUUAUGAUUGUUUCAUUUGCAUUAUUUGUUGAAUAUGAGACAUCCCAGAAUGGUUCCCAGAAGAGUGCUUCCCAGCAGAAUGCUUCCCAACAGAAUGCUGCUGCCCAGCAGAAUGCGUCCCAACAGGGGAACACCUCAAGUCCAGCAAAAGAGGACCAAUUUUUUCAGUUGUAUCCUUUAUUCCAACACGUGCAUGUCAUGAUAUUUGUUGGGUUCGGCUUCCUCAUGACCUUCCUGAAGAAAUAUGGUUUCAGUGGUGUAGGUUUUAACCUCUUUCUUGCUGCUCUGGGUCUCCAAUGGGGUACCAUUGUACAGGGCCUUCUUCACAGCCACGGACUAAAAUUUCCCUUCAGAAUCAAAAAUAUGAUAAACGCAGACUUCAGUACAGCCACAGUUCUAAUUUCCUUUGGUGCUGUCCUGGGGAAAACAAGCCCCAUCCAAAUGAUAAUCAUGACAAUUCUGGAAAUUGCUGUAUUUGCUGGCAAUGAACAUCUUGUUACUGAAAUAUUUAAGGCCUCUGACACUGGGGCGUCAAUGACAAUCCAUGCCUUUGGAGCCUACUUUGGCUUAGCGGUAGCAGGUGUCUUAUAUCGGUCUGGCCUCAAACAUGGACACCCAAAUGAAGAAUCUGUGUACCACUCUGACUUGUUUGCCAUGAUCGGAACACUUUUCCUGUGGAUGUUUUGGCCCAGCUUUAAUUCAGCCAUUGCUCAACCUGAAAAUAAUCAGUAUAGGGCCAUUGUCAACACAUACAUGUCCCUUGCUGCCUGUGUGAUCACAGCCUAUGCCUUGUCCAGCCUUGUUGAGCGCCGAGGCAGGCUGGAUAUGGUACACAUUCAGAAUGCUACUCUAGCAGGAGGUGUGGCUGUAGGCACAUGUGCAGACAUGGAAAUCCCGCUAUAUUUUGCUAUGACCAUUGGAAGCAUUGCAGGGAUCAUCUCAGUGCUUGGAUACAAGUUCCUUAGUCCACUCUUAGCUCAUAAACUGAUGAUACACGAUACAUGUGGGGUUCAUAACUUGCACGGCUUACCCGGUGUGUUUGGAGGCCUUGCCAGCAUUGUGGCCAUAAGCUGGGGGAAGUCUACAGUGUCCACUAUGGCUAUGCAGGGAGCAGCACUGGGAUCUUCCAUUGGAUCAGCAAUUGUUGGAGGUUUGGUUACAGGUCUCAUUCUAAAGCUACCUGUCUGGAACCAGCCACCUGACGAGUACUGCUUUGAUGAUUCUGUUUCUUGGAAGGUUCCCAAAUACAGAGAACUGGAUAAUUACUUCUUUCAACACGUGACUCACAACCAUGUGGAACACGAAGUCUAAAUACCAUUCCUAAACUCAGCAUCCUCAGACUUACCAAGAAGAGUCAAGUUUAAAGAAACCAACGCUUGGUAUACAGAGAGAUAGGCAUGGCAAUAUAAAAUAUAAAUACAUAAAAUGCCUUUAGUUUUGGUAUUAUUCCUUGGUGUUCAAAUGAUUUCUCAGUCGACAGAAAAUUGCUCACAAAGCAGUCUAUCCUAGGCCCUAAGGAUGACUGCAAACAAAGAGGUUCCUAAUGAAUGUUUGAUUGUUUUCUUGAUAAAUUGCAAAAGAGAUGAAUCAUAGAAAUCAAUAUUUCUUGAUCAUAUCAGACUUUAUCCACUUUUUAGGUGAGUUUUCAUUGUGGCAUCUUUGUGCACGUGUGUCAUAGCCCUACCCCUACCCACUGCAGUCCCUCAAGAUUCUUCGCCCCCUCCAGCUAGGUCCCUUUCUUCCCCGACUUAUGUUGUUCUAUAACAUGCAUUUUAUCUGCAACCCUUUAGCUUUUUAAUGUACAUGUCUUCGGUUCCAAAGAGUAUAAAAUAUGUCAAAGGACAUAUUAAGGAAUCUAUUCUAGAAAAAUGAAAUAAAUCUAUGUAAAUAAAAGGUAAUAUUAAUGUUCUAGUUAGCACCAUUUUAAAUCUUAAAAACAGCCGCAGUAAUGUUACACUGUUGUUUGCAUAUUCUUAUCCUUGAUACCUUUUUAUGGUUAUUAUUUGUAAUAGGAGUUUAAAGGCCACCUGUAUAAAUUUUCAAAUGAUUAAAUGUUAUCAUAAAAUAA